AUGCCGGUAACCGAGAAGGACCUGGCGGAGGACGCGCCGUGGAAGAAGAUCCAGCAGAAUACGUUCACGCGUUGGUGCAAUGAGCACCUCAAGUGCGUGAACAAACGCAUCGGAAACCUGCAGACGGACCUGAGCGACGGGCUGCGGCUGAUCGCGCUGCUGGAAGUGCUCAGCCAGAAGCGUAUGUACCGCAAGUACCACCAGCGGCCCACCUUCCGCCAGAUGCAGCUCGAGAAUGUGUCGGUGGCGCUGGAAUUCCUGGACCGUGAGAACAUCAAGCUCGUGUCCAUCGACAGCAAAGCCAUCGUGGAUGGGAACCUGAAGCUCAUCUUAGGCCUGGUAUGGACCCUGAUCCUCCACUACUCCAUCUCCAUGCCUGUGUGGGAGGAUGAAGGGGAUGAUGAUGCCAAGAAGCAGACUCCGAAGCAGAGGCUGCUGGGAUGGAUUCAGAACAAGAUCCCCUACUUGCCCAUCACCAACUUCAAUCAGAACUGGCAAGACGGCAAAGCCCUGGGAGCCCUGGUUGACAGCUGUGCCCCGGGUCUGUGCCCGGACUGGGAAUCCUGGGAUCCACGAAAACCUGUGGAUAAUGCACGGGAAGCCAUGCAGCAGGCCGACGACUGGCUGGGUGUCCCACAGGUCAUCACUCCCGAAGAAAUUAUUCACCCAGAUGUGGAUGAGCACUCGGUGAUGACGUACCUUUCCCAGUUUCCCAAAGCCAAGCUCAAGCCGGGGGCGCCUCUGAAACCCAAACUGAACCCCAAGAAAGCCAGGGCCUAUGGCAGAGGUAUCGAGCCCACUGGAAACAUGGUGAAGCAGCCAGCUAAGUUCACUGUGGACACCAUCAGCGCCGGGCAGGGAGAUGUGAUGGUGUUUGUGGAGGAUCCAGAAGGGAACAAAGAGGAGGCCCAGGUGACCCCAGUCAAUGACAAGAACAAGACCUACUCUGUGGAAUAUCUCCCCAAGGUCACGGGCUUGCACAAGGUCACAGUCCUCUUUGCAGGACAACACAUCUCCAAGAGUCCGUUUGAAGUGAAUGUCGACAAGGCCCAGGGAGAUGCCAGCAAAGUCACUGCAAAAGGACCAGGCUUGGAAACAGCAGGAAAUAUUGCCAACAAACCCACCUACUUUGACAUCUAUACGGCAGGGGCUGGUGUGGGGGACAUUGGUGUUGAGGUGGAAGACCCCCAAGGGAAGAACACUGUGGAGUUGCUUGUAGAAGACAAAGGAAACCAGGUGUAUCGAUGUGUGUACAAGCCAAUGCAGCCCGGCCCCCACGUGGUCAAGGUCACCUUUGCCGGUGAUGCUAUCCCCAAGAGUCCUUUCCUUGUGCAGGUUGGAGAAGCCUGCAGUCCAAAUGCCUGCCGUGCCAGUGGCCGAGGCCUGCAGCCCAAAGGCAUCCGCAUCCGGGAGAUAGCCGACUUCAAGGUUGAUACCAAAGCUGCUGGAAGUGGGGAGCUCAGCGUAACUGUGAAGGGUCCUAAGGGUCUGGAAGAGCUGGUGAAACAAAAAGGCUUUCUGGAUGGAGUCUACGCCUUCGAGUAUUACCCCAGCACCCCUGGGAAAUACAGCAUCGCCAUCACAUGGGGAGGACACCACAUUCCAAAGAGCCCCUUUGAAGUUCAAGUUGGCCCUGAAGCAGGCAUGCAGAAAGUCCGUGCGUGGGGCCCCGGGCUCCAUGGUGGGAUUGUUGGGCGCUCAGCAGACUUUGUGGUGGAAUCCAUUGGCUCUGAAGUGGGCUCACUGGGAUUUGCUAUUGAAGGCCCCUCCCAGGCAAAGAUUGAGUAUGAUGACCAGAAUGAUGGAUCGUGUGAUGUCAAAUACUGGCCCAAGGAGCCAGGAGAAUAUGCUGUUCAUAUCAUGUGUGAUGAUGAAGACAUCAAGGACAGCCCGUACAUGGCCUUCAUCCACCCGGCCACAGGAGACUACAACCCAGACCUGGUUCAAGCAUAUGGGCCAGGUUUGGAAAAAUCCGGAUGCAUCGUCAACAAUCUGGCUGAGUUUACCGUGGAUCCUAAAGAUGCUGGAAAGGCUCCCUUAAAGAUAUUUGCUCAGGAUGGGGAAGGCCAGCCCAUCGACAUCCAGAUGAAGAGUCGGAUGGAUGGCACGUUUGCCUGCUCAUAUACCCCGCUGAAGGCCAUCAAACACACCAUCGCUGUGGUCUGGGGAGGCGUGAACAUCCCACACAGCCCCUACAGGGUCAACAUUGGGCAAGGCAGCCAUCCCCAGAAGGUGAAAGUAUUUGGGCCUGGCGUGGAGAGAAGUGGUCUGAAGGCAAAUGAGCCUACUCACUUUACAGUGGACUGUACCGAGGCUGGGGAAGGUGAUGUCAGCGUUGGCAUUAAGUGUGAUGCUCGGGUGUUAAGUGAUGAUGAGGAAGACGUGGAUUUUGACAUUAUUCAUAAUGCCAAUGACACGUUUACAGUCAAAUAUGUGCCUCCUGCCACCGGGCGAUACACUAUCAAAGUUCUCUUUGCCAACGAGGAAAUCCCCAGCAGCCCUUUCCGAGUCAAAGUUGACCCAUCCCAUGAUGCCAGCAAAGUGAAGGCAGAAGGCCCAGGGCUCAGCAAGGCAGGUGUGGAAAAUGGGAAGCCAACCCACUUCACUGUCUACACCAAAGGGGCUGGCAAAGCGCCGCUCAACGUGCAGUUCAGCAGCCCCCUUCCUGGUGAUGCAGUGAAGGACUUGGAUAUCAUCGAUAAUUAUGACUACUCCCACACUGUUAAAUACACCCCCAUUCAUCAGGGCAAUAUGCAGGUUCUGGUGACAUAUGGUGGGGACUCCAUUCCUAAAAGUCCCUUCACCGUGGGUGUUGCUGCUCCCCUGGACCUGAGCAAGAUAAAAAUCAACGGGCUGGAAAACAGAGUCGAAGUUGGAAAGGAUCAAGAGUUUGCCAUUGACACGAAAGGAGCUGGGGGCCAGGGGAAGCUGGACGUGACCAUCCUGAGCCCCGCUAGGAAGGUUGUACCAUGCCUGGUGACACCUGUGACAGGUCGGGACAGCAGCACGGCCAAGUUCAUCCCUCGGGAGGAGGGACUCUACGCCAUCGACGUGACCUACGAUGGACAUCCUGUGCCCGGGAGUCCCUACACAUUGGAGGCCACCCUGCCACCAGACCCCAGCAAGGUGAAGGCCCACGGUCCUGGCCUCAAAGGGGGUCUAGUGGGCAAGCCCGCCGAGUUCACCAUCGACACCAAAGGCGCCGGCACGGGUGGUCUAGGCCUCACCGUGGAAGGGCCCUGCGAGGCCAAGAUCGAAUGCUCUGACAAUGGGGAUGGGACUUGCUCCGUCUCGUACCUUCCCACCAAACCUGGGGAAUACUUUGUCAACAUCCUCUUUGAAGAAGUCCACAUUCCUGGCUCUCCAUUUAAAGCCGACAUUGAAAUGCCUUUUGAUCCCUCUAAAGUUGUGGUUUCAGGCCCAGGUCUUGAGCAUGGGAAAGUGGGUGAAGCUGGGCUGCUGAGUGUUGACUGUUCAGAAGCGGGGCCCGGGGCCAUAGGCCUAGAAGCUGUGUCAGACUCAGGGGCCAAGGCAGAAGUCAGCAUUCAGAACAACAAAGAUGGCACCUACGCGGUCACCUACGUGCCGCUGGCCGCCGGCAUGUACACCUUGACCAUGAAGUAUGGCGGUGAACUUGUGCCCCACUUCCCUGCCCGGGUCAAGGUUGAGCCCGCAGUGGACACCAGCAGAGUCAAAGUCUUUGGACCAGGCAUAGAAGGAAAAGAUGUGUUUCGUGAAGCCACCACCGACUUCACUAUCGACUCGAGGCCCCUGACCCAGGUGGGAGGGGACCAUAUCAAGGCCCACAUCGUCAACCCCUCAGGGGCCUCCACGGAGUGCUUUGUCACCGACAAUGCUGACGGCACCUACCAGGUGGAGUACACCCCCUUCGAGAAAGGUCUCCAUGUAGUAGAGGUGACAUAUGACGAUGUGCCUGUUGCAAACAGUCCCUUCAAAGUGGCUGUAACUGAAGGCUGCCAGCCAUCCCGUGUUCAAGCCCAGGGACCUGGAUUGAAAGAGGCCUUCACCCAUAAACCCAAUGUCUUCACUGUAGUUACCAGAGGAGCGGGAAUCGGUGGGCUCGGCAUAACCGUUGAGGGACCUUCAGAGUCGAAGAUAAACUGCAGGGACAACAAAGAUGGCAGCUGCAGUGCAGAAUACAUCCCCUUUGCUCCUGGAGACUAUGACGUCAACAUCACCUAUGGAGGCGCACACAUCCCAGGCAGCCCCUUCAGAGUUCCUGUGAAGGACGUCGUGGAUCCCAGCAAGGUCAAGAUCGCGGGCCCGGGGCUGGGCUCUGGCGUCCGUGCUCACGUCCUACAGUCCUUCACAGUGGACAGCAGCAAGGCUGGCCUGGCCCCGCUGGAAGUGAGGGUCCUGGGCCCACGAGGCCUGGUGGAGCCAGUGAAUGUGGUGGACAAUGGCGAUGGCACACAUACAGUGACCUAUACCCCAUCCCAGGAGGGUCCUUACAUGGUCUCUGUCAAAUAUGCUGAUGAAGAAAUUCCUCGCAGUCCCUUUAAGGUCAAGGUCCUUCCCACAUAUGAUGCCAGCAAAGUGACUGCCAGCGGCCCUGGCAUCAGUUCUUAUGGUGUGCCCGCCAGUCUCCCCGUGGAGUUCGCUAUCGAUGCCAGAGAUGCUGGUGAAGGCCUUCUUGCGGUUCAGAUUACGGACCAAGAGGGGAAACCCAAGAGAGCUGUUGUUCAAGACAAUAAAGAUGGCACCUAUGGUGUCACCUAUAUCCCUGAUAAGACUGGACGCUAUUCAGUCGGAAUCACUUAUGGGGGAGACGACAUCCCGUUUUCUCCUUACCGCAUCCGAGCCACCCAGACAGGGGAUGCUAGCAAGUGCCUGGCGACUGGUCCUGGAAUCGCCCCCACUGUGAAAACCGGUGAGGAGGUGGGCUUCGUGGUCGAUGCUAAGACCGCCGGGAAGGGAAAGGUGACCUGCACCGUUCUGACCCCAGACGGCACUGAGGCAGAGGCGGAUGUCAUUGAGAACCAGGAUGGCACCUAUGACAUCUUCUACACGGCCGUCAAACCAGGCACCUACGUGAUCUACGUGCGCUUUGGUGGCGUGGAUAUUCCCAACAGCCCCUUCACUGUCAUGGCCACGGAUGGGGAAGUCGCGGUCAAGGCGGAGGCACCGGUUACUGAAGAAGCGUAUGUCCCCGUGAGUGACAUGAAUGGGCUAGGAUUUAAGCCUUUCGACCUGGUCAUCCCGUUUGCUGUCCGGAAAGGAGAAAUUACCGGGGAGGUCCACAUGCCUUCUGGGAAGACGGCCACCCCCGAGAUUGUGGACAACAAGGACGGCACAGUCACCGUCAGAUACGCCCCCACGGAGGUCGGGCUCCACGAGAUGCACAUCAAAUACAUGGGCAGCCACAUCCCCGAGAGCCCGCUCCAGUUCUACGUGAACUACCCCAACAGCGGAAGCGUGUCCGCCUACGGCCCAGGCCUGGUGUAUGGAGUGGCCAACAAGACCGCCACCUUCACCAUUGUCACCGAGGAUGCGGGAGAAGGGGGUCUGGACCUGGCUAUUGAGGGGCCCUCAAAGGCUGAAAUUAGCUGCAUUGACAACAAAGACGGGACGUGCACAGUGACCUAUCUGCCCACCCUGCCUGGUGACUACAGCAUCCUGGUCAAGUACAACGACAAGCACAUCCCAGGCAGUCCCUUCACGGCCAAGAUCACAGACGACAGCAGGCGCUGCUCGCAGGUGAAGCUGGGCUCUGCGGCUGACUUCCUCCUCGACAUCAGUGAGACUGACCUCAGCACCCUCACGGGUUACGGCGGCAUAUCCUUGGCAGUGGAAGGCCCCAGCAAAGUGGACAUCCAGACAGAGGACUUGGAGGAUGGCACCUGUAAGGUCUCCUACUUCCCCACCGUGCCUGGGGUCUACAUCGUCUCCACCAAGUUCGCCGAUGAGCACGUGCCAGGGAGCCCAUUCACCGUAAAGAUCAGUGGGGAAGGCAGGGUCAAGGAGAGCAUCACCCGGACCAGUCGAGCCCCGUCCGUGGCCACCGUUGGGAGCAUCUGUGACCUGAACCUUAAAAUCCCAGAAAUCGACAGCAGUGACAUGUCAGCCCACGUCACUAGCCCCUCAGGCCGUGUGACUGAGGCAGAGAUUGUGCCCGUGGGAAAGAACUCGCACUGUGUCCGGUUUGUGCCUCAGGAGAUGGGCGUCCACACCGUCAGCGUCAAGUACCGUGGGCAGCACGUCACAGGCAGCCCCUUCCAGUUCACUGUGGGGCCACUUGGAGAAGGGGGUGCCCACAAGGUCCGUGCAGGAGGCCCUGGCCUGGAGAGGGGAGAAGCAGGAGUGCCGGCCGAGUUCAGCAUUUGGACCCGGGAAGCAGGUGCAGGAGGUCUCUCCAUCGCUGUUGAGGGUCCCAGCAAGGCUGAGAUUACAUUCGACGACCAUAAAAACGGAUCAUGUGGUGUGUCUUAUAUUGCCCAAGAGCCUGGUAACUACGAGGUAUCCAUCAAGUUCAACGACGAGCACAUCCCCGAGAGCCCCUACCUGGUGCCCGUCAUCGCGCCUUCUGACGAUGCCCGCCGCCUCACUGUUAUGAGCCUUCAGGAAUCGGGAUUAAAAGUUAACCAGCCAGCAUCCUUUGCUAUAAGGUUGAAUGGGGCAAAAGGCAAGAUUGAUGCCAAGGUGCACAGCCCCUCCGGAGCCGUGGAGGAAUGCCAUGUGUCCGAACUGGAGCCAGAUAAAUAUGCUGUUCGCUUCAUCCCGCACGAGAAUGGGGUCCACACAAUCGAUGUCAAGUUCAAUGGGAGCCACGUGGUUGGAAGUCCCUUCAAAGUGCGAGUCGGGGAGCCUGGACAAGCGGGGAACCCCGCCCUGGUGUCCGCCUACGGCGCAGGGCUGGAGGGCGGCACCACAGGCAUCCAGUCCGAAUUUUUCAUCAACACCACCCGAGCGGGCCCAGGGACCUUGUCUGUCACCAUUGAGGGCCCAUCCAAAGUUAAAAUGGAUUGCCAGGAAACCCCAGAAGGGUACAAAGUCAUGUACACCCCCAUGGCUCCUGGUAACUACCUGAUCGGCGUCAAAUAUGGCGGGCCUAACCACAUCGUGGGCAGUCCUUUCAAGGCCAAGGUGACAGGCCAACGUCUGGUCAGCUCCGGCUCAGCCAACGAGACCUCCUCAAUCCUGGUGGAAUCAGUGACCAGGUCCUCAACCGAGACCUGCUACAGUGCCAUCCCCAAGGCAUCCUCAGACGCCAGCAAGGUGACCUCCAAGGCGGCUGGUCUCUCAAAGGCCUUUGUGGGCCAGAAGAGCUCCUUCCUCGUGGACUGCAGCAAAGCUGGUUCCAACAUGUUGCUGAUUGGGGUCCACGGGCCCACCACCCCGUGUGAAGAGGUCUCCGUGAAGCACAUGGGCAAUCAACAAUACAACGUCACAUACGUGGUCAAGGAGAAAGGGGACUAUAUUCUGGCCGUGAAGUGGGGGGAGGAGCACAUCCCCGGCAGCCCCUUCCACGUCACAGUGCCUUAA